UUACUUUGUUGAGGUAAAACUAAUCUUUUGCUUAAAUGACAUCAUAAGUUUUGAUGAAUGAGUUGGAAAAUAUCACGAAAGAAAGUAGACAAAAAGAAAGGAAUAAUAUCUUAGCACCCCUGAUAAAAGAUCCAUACCAAGUCACAAUCCACCAUAUAGGAUUUAAAUAUUGCUCCAAGUUGUAACCAUGGCGACAAAAGAGAAUCCACAUUCAACACUAGAAAUUAAAGACUUAUAGGUAAUGGCAUAUCCAGCAGUUCAAAUAAGACCUUUCUCACACCCCAAAACCCAAACCAACAGUACUACUCCGCUCUCGCUCUUACCAAAAUGCACCUCUCUCAUGGAGCUCAAGCAAAUUCAAGCCUUUUCCAUCAAAACCCAUCUCCAAAAUGAUAUCUCUGUCGUCGCCAAGCUCAUAAAUUUCUGCACUCUGAGCCCCACACCAGGCUUCAUGGGCCAUGCACAGCAUCUGUUCGACCAAAUUCCCCAACCGGACGUUAUCGUCUUUAACACCAUGGCUCGCGGCUAUGCACGCUCCGAAACCCCGCUUCGAGCGAUUGCGCUAUUUGCUCAAACUCUAUCCAACGGAAUCCUCCCCGAUGACUACACAUUCCCAUCCCUCCUCAAGGCGUGUGCCAGUUCCAAAGCCUUGGAAGAAGGCAAACAAUUGCAUAGCCUUGCCCUCAAACAUGGGCUCGGCCUCAAUAUUUACGUGUGUCCUACUCUCAUUAACAUGUACACCGCUUGCAAUGACGUCCAUUUCGCUCGCCGAUUCUUUGACAUGAUAGAUGAGCCUUGCAUUGUCAUGUAUAACGCAAUCAUCACAGGCUAUGCUCGAAAUAGUCUGCCAAAUGAGGCGUUGGCAUUGUUCCGGGAGCUGCAGGUGACCGAGGUUAAGCCUACAGAUGUCACUAUGCUGAGCGUGCUUUCUUGCUGCGCUUUAUUAGGAGCGUUGGACUUGGGGAGAUGGGCACAUGAGUAUGUUAAGAAGAACGGAUUCGGUGAGUAUGUGAAGGUGAACACUGCUCUAAUAGACAUGUAUGCCAAGUGUGGAAGCUUGGAAGAUGCAGUGUCCGUCUUCGAGAACAUGUCUGUAAAAGAUACGCAGGCUUGGUCCGGAAUGAUUAUGGCAUACGCUACUCAUGGCCAUGCCUCCAAAGCCAUAUCAAUAUUUGAAGAAAUGAAGAAGGCAAGAUUUAAACCAGAUGAGAUUACAUUUCUUGGCCUGCUAUAUGCUUGCAGUCACACUGGAUUGGUGGAACUAGGCUUUGAAUAUUUCCAUAACAUGAGUAAAAAAUAUGGCAUUGUUCCCGGGAUCAAGCAUUACGGGUGUAUGGUGGACUUGCUAGGCAGAUCAGGCCGCUUAGAAGAGGCUUACAAGUUCAUAGAUGAAUUACCAAUGAAGCCAACACCGAUUCUCUGGCGCACCUUGUUGUCUGCUUGUAGCAGCCAUGGAAGUGUGGAACUAGGGAAGCAAGUGAUCAGGCGAAUUUUCGAGAUAGAUGACUCCCACGGCGGGGACUAUGUCAUCUUGUCGAAUUUGUGUGCAAAAGCAGGGAGAAGGGAAGAUGUGGAUUUCUUGAGGAAAAUGAUGAAAGAGAAAGGCGGGGUGAAAGUUCCCGGGUGUAGCUCCAUAGAAGUGAACAAUGUAGUGCAUGAAUUCUUCUCCGGGGACGGAGAACGUUCCGUUUCGACUGAAUUGCACAGCGCACUUGAUGAGUUAGUUGAAGAAUUGAAGCUCUCUGGAUAUGUACCUGACACUUCUUUAGUUUCACAUGACAUGGAAGAGGAAGAGAAAGAAAUUACUCUGAGAUAUCAUAGUGAGAAAUUGGCCAUUGCUUAUGGACUGCUAAGUACUCCUGCUGGGACAACAAUCCGUGUGGUGAAGAAUCUUAGAGUCUGCAGAGACUGCCAUUCUGCUGCUAAGUUUAUAUCAUUGGUGUCUCGUAGACAAAUAAUUCUUAGAGAUGUUCAGCGCUUUCAUCAUUUCAAUGAGGGAAAGUGCUCUUGUGGGGACUAUUGGUGAUCAAGAUUUGUUGGACCAAGAGG